GGAUGCGGCUGACACUGGCCACCACAGCCUCCUGCCCUCACUAUGAAGCUUAACAACCUCCUGGCCUUCACGGUGCUCCUGGCCCUCAGAAUCCUGCCAUCCUGGGCUGUAGUAGGUGCUAGCAAAGAAAAAGCUAAACAUGGAGCCUGCCCCUUCAUACAGCCAGCCAUGUGUCUUGUGUAUGAACCUCCUCAAUGCCACAGUGACUGGCAGUGUCCAAAGAAGCAGAAAUGCUGUCGUGACCUUUGUGGCAUCAAAUGCUUGGAUCCUGUAGACUCAUCAAAGCCAGUUCAAGUCAAUCCUGGGAAGUGUCCAGUGGUCACUGGCCAGUGUAAGAUGGUCAACCCCCAAGACAACUGCCUGAAUGACAGCCACUGCCUGAAGAGUCUCAAGUGCUGCAAGGGGAUGUGUGGGAAUUCAUGUGUCAAGCCAGUGUGAGAUGAGGACUUCCUGGUAUGUAUGGAAUUACUUCCUGGGAUUCCUUUGUCCUCAAGCCUGGAAAAAAAUAGAGAACCUUGAUGAAGAUGUGGCUUUGAGACCAAUACCUCCUUGGGGGCUACGUUUUUACCUGUUUUAUCUAUAAAUCCUCCGCAUCCAACUAGAGUCUUUGGCACAAAUAGGAAAUGUAUGUUGAUUAAUGAAUAAACAAAUGUUACAAAGUU